AUGCCGACUCCUCCCGUCUCCUCGAUCAAACCGCCAUCCGCCUCGAGUUCUAAGCCCUCGUCGAUCAAGUCUCAGGAGGGCGUCAAGAAGUCCCCGGGCUUGGUCCCGCAGAAUGGCACCAACGUCAACGGCAGCCCCGUUCCUGAUGCCCACCUCAAGCCCUCAGACAGAGGAUCUGUGAAGGAACGCUUUACUCGCAUGUUCUCCAAGGAAUCUGUUCGUCUGGGCACAUCCACUCCUCCUCCCGCCGACCCCGCCAACCGCCCAAGAACCACUUCGAUCAAUGGCGCCGCCUCUCCCCUUCCCCGCAAGCCUGGCUCCAUCGAGAAGGGCGCCGAGAAGCCCGUAGCGAAACCUGCAGACAAGGCUUCCUCCUCGGUCAAGCCCGCCAAAGCCCCCGCGACAAAAGAGCCUCAGCAGCGCUUCGUCCUCCUUCCCGACGCCACUGGUGGCCAUGAGCACCACUUGAAAUCGAGCCGCAGACAAGAGAAGCUUUCGGACAUGUGGAGAUCCAUACUGGGCAAGAAGCAGGAGGCAGCGCCUGAUCAUGAUCUCUCGCUCGUCUCCAACUGGGUUGAUUCACUAAGACUGGAGAAGGAGGAAGCUGGUGAGAAGAAGGCUGGACCCAACGCCAACGCGACAUCCACCCUUGUCGAAAAAUAUGGAAAAUGUCAAGAAGUCGUCGGCCGCGGUGCUUUCGGCAUCGUGCGAAUCUCCCACAAGAAGGUGGGCGGGAGCGGCGAGAAGCUCUUUGCUGUGAAGGAGUUCCGUCGUCGACCCGAAGAGACGGAGAAGAAGUACAGCAAGCGCCUUACGGCUGAGUUCUGUAUUUCUUCCUCACUUCGACACCCCAACGUUAUCCAUACUCUCGACUUACUCAAAGAUGCCAAGGGUGACUACUGUGAAGUCAUGGAGUUCUGUGCCGGUGGUGAUUUAUAUACUCUUGUCCUUUCAAGUGGCAAGCUUGAGGUUCAGGAGGCCGACUGUUUCUUCAAGCAAAUGAUGCGAGGUGUUGAGUACCUGCACGAAAUGGGCGUUGCGCAUCGCGAUCUUAAGCCGGAGAAUCUCCUCCUUACCACUCGCGGCGGCCUCAAAAUCACCGACUUUGGCAACGGAGAGUGCUUCCGAAUGGCUUGGGAAACAGACGCCCACAUGGUCUCGGGUCUAUGUGGCUCCGCACCCUACAUCUCUCCCGAGGAGUAUACAGACAAGGAGUUUGAUGCUAGAGCCGUCGAUGUCUGGGCCUGUGGUGUCAUCUAUAUGGCCAUGCGCACCGGUCGCCACCUCUGGCGCUUGGCCAAGAAGGAUGAUGAUGAAUUUUAUGCCCGUUAUCUAGAAGGUCGACGGGACGAGGAGGGAUAUGGACCUAUCGAGUCCCUUCAUCGCGCGCGUUGUCGCAAUGUCAUCUACUCGGUCCUCGACCCUCAUCCAACCCGUCGCUUGACAGCUGCCCAGGUCCUUAAGUCGGAGUGGGUUCGCGAGAUCAAGCUAUGCAAGGCUGGUGAAGAGGGUCUGUAA